UUUUAUUUUGUUUUUAAGUUGUUAUGUAGUUUUUUUUUAGUUGUUGAAGUAUUUCACAAAAAAUAACUUCACUUUUUUUCCAUUUUCUUUUUCCUUUAUUUUCUGUAUCAAGAAUUUCGUUGAUUUCAAUGACGGGCCUACUCAAAUAGAUGUUGAGGCUACUGUUCAGUCCGGUGUAAAAGCAGUUGAGAUUAUGGUAAUGUUGCUUUUGUGUUGUUUUUUGGUUGUGUAAAGGUUGUUAUUUUUUACCCAUGCUCUAAUUACUUUUUAAUACCAUAUAUAAACAGAUGUCUUCAGAUGGAAUUGGUGGUGAUCCUUGUAAACAGAUUUCAGUUUCUGAAAAUGUUGAGGUUACGGAUCGUCGUCUUGUUUGUUUUGAGAUGGGUGCAACAGGUCUCAAUGUUGAUUCUAACAUUGAACUUGAAGAUGACCCAAUUCCCGUUGAAGAAACUCCUCUUGUUGACAAGAGGAAAUCUAAGAAACCCAUAGCGCUGACGUCUCCGUUUAUGGAGUAUGACUCUUCCAUUUCUAGUUCUAAAGAUGGUUCUGGUUAUGGAGUUGUUAAGUAUGUGGCUGGGUUGUGUCCUCUCGAUGAUAAGAUUGGUGAAGAUGUAGAACAUAAAGACGAGAAUGAUUUUGACUUGUGGCUUGGUGAAGGACGCCGAUCGAAGAAAGAUCCGUAAGUGUUUAUUUUCAGCAUUUUUGUUGUGUUUUUGUAUUUUUUGUUUUUUACUUUACUAUUUAUGUUUCAUUUUUUUUUUUAAUGUUAGGCAUGACAAGGACAAGGUUUACUUGAAGGGUAAGGAUAAGAUUGUUCCCCCUUUUCGUUUUGGCGUGGAAGAUGUUGCAACCAAGAUGUGGUUCCACAAGCUUGCAUAUCCUGGCCAAUGUUUAACUAAUUCUGUAAGUUAAUUUAUUUUUUCUUUUGAUUUUUUUCAAAAAUUUCAGUCUAUAGUUUUAUUCAGGUUGUUUGUUGGUUGUUUUUUAGUUGUUGAAAUAUAAUUCAUUUUCUGAUUUUCGAACAUUUCUCAUUUUUUAUUGUUUAGCAUCUGGACAUCAUUUUUUACUAUCUACGUAAAAAAGGAAAGUAUGCAAAGGAGCCAAAGGUUAAGUUCACAACCACCGAUUGCUUAUUCUUCAAAACCAUUCAUGCUUUGUAUGAAAAAUUUAUUGCACAGAAAAAAAAUCUUUCUUUGAUAACUGCCCAGCAUGCCAUUGCUGAUUAUAUAAGAGGUAGAAAAAUGUUAUGUGGUUCCCCUUGGCAUUUGUGCGAUCAUGUUUUGUUUAUCAUCCAUAUGGAGACUGAAUCACAUUGGAUUCUUGGUCGAUUGAAUAUUGAGGAAAGGCGUAUGUACAUGUACAACUCCUUGUCGACUGCUAUGAAAGAUAGUGCUGCUAUCAAAGCUUGUCAGCCAUUUGCGGUGUUGUUGCCCCACUUUUUUACUUUGUUUGAUGAGUUCAAAAAGGAAAACAAACCGGUUUGUUUAGACCCUUUCGAAGUUGUUAAGGUUGAUGGUUUGCCUCAACAAACCUCGAAGUAAGUUGUUUUUAUUUUUUAUUUUCAAA